UAAUAUGCAAGACAAUACCAUAUAAUGACUUAGGGGGACCCUGCAGGAGAGCUCUGUGGACUUGAGCGACUCUACCUGAGGGGACUUUAGGACUGUACAGAACCAUGUACUGUACCGGGGCACCACAUAUUAUCGCUCUUUCUUUGUUAAAAUAAUGCCCACUCGUUAUGCCAAUUAUCUAAUCUACAUGGUGGAAGUCAAUGCUAACGAAAUGCAAAGUCUUGAACAUGACAUCCUGUCCAAGUAAUUGGAUUGGGAGUGCCUACCUCUUUAUCGACUCAGAUUGUACCUGCCUACCUGAGCAGUAUGACCAGAACAAAUCCACAAUGUACAGUGUGCUCAGGAACAUCAUUUCAGAUUUCUCUGGAGGAUCUCCAAACUGUAUUGAAAUCCUCAAAAUACAUAAAAGUGACCGACAACUGAUCCUUUAUCUGAAAUUCUGUGGAAAAUCUGCCUGCGAGAGAUUUCUUCAGGGUUACAGAGAGAAGAGGAUUCAUCAGCACAUGCAAAAUAAACUCAGUCAAUGCUUAGCCAAGGAGUCUCUCCAAGUGAGUCUGGAGCUCAGAGUGGACACUCAGAAGCUUGACACCCAACUGGAUGAAGAAGAGAAAUGCCUGCUGUAUAUUUCCUCUUUGAAGCCCACUUAUCAGAAGGAUGAUGAGCUUGCAGACCUGGACAGACUCUUUAUGAAUGUCUCAUUAGAGACAUCCCCGCUUCCAGUUAACAGCAACAUGCCUUCUUCCUCGCUUCCUCCAGAAUCCAGACUGGAAUCUCCACCACACACUCUUCGCUCAAACUCCUCUGAAGGAAACACUUUCCAAUUCCAGGGUCAAGAUUUUAUUGACAGGCCUCUGACCACUGAACAUCACCAGCUCUUUGCCAAGUUUGUAGGAACAUCUUGGAAAAAGGUGGGCAGGACAUUGAAGGAGACUUGCCGUGCUUUAGAAGACCCAGCCAUAGAAACCCUGGCAUAUGAAUAUGGUAGAGAAAGCCUGUAUGAACAAGCCUAUCAGAUGCUCCAGCGUUUCAUUGAUUGUGAAGGAAAGAAAGGCACAUUACAGAGACUUGUAGAUGCCCUCGUAAAAAAUGAACUGACUGGAAUCGCUGAGAAACUGCUACCAAUACAAGAAAAUGGAUUGAACUAGGACACUGGGAACAGAUCGAGGGAAAGUUUUAUGUGUAAUGUUUAUUCACUAUAUGCUAUACCUACAAAUGAAUCAGACUUAGUGCUAUAGAGUCAGGCUCUGGGCAUCAGCUAUACCUCCACCAGUGUUCAAAAGGCUUAGGCUGCGGUUCAGGACCAUUGUCAUUAAUGGAAGUAAUGAACGUCAACUCAUAUCAGGUUUAUUUAUCUAGACCCUUUUACCAAUCUCAAACAACAACUUUGCACAAUCUUUAUUUGCAUUGCACAAAAACAUUUAGGUGAUGACUAUGAUGUUGUUACCUGCUUUUAUUAUCUGUGCUGUUAUAUUAGAAAGAAACACACCUUAGUGCCUCUACAGUCUCUAGAAACAUUCUGUUUACCACUGGGUUUUAAAAAUGGACCCAUGCUAUAUUUUUCUACCUCUGACGCAAGACCCCAAAGGUGCCUUAGAUAGUUCCAUGAGACACUUCUACCUGUUUAAUACCACAAAAUAGACCAGCAAUACAUAUACAUAUUAAAUCAUAAGGAUCUGUUUACCCCUUUUACCUUGACAACUAUUGUAAUUAACUAGGUUGAGCGUCACAUUGAGUCCAAAGUCCCACUCAUACUUUCUAUGAUUGCAUUUACACCUUAUAGAUAACAUGCGAUCUUAUGCAUCUCAUUUCUAAAAUUGAAGUGCUCAGAGAGCUUCCACCUAGUUAUCCUUUCAUCAGUGUGCCAAUGUUUCCAAUGCAUUAUAAUGAAUGCCCCAGUAAUUGUGGUCCACUGGAUUUGCGAACAUGGCUCUUUCCAUGCCAUCUAGUAGAAUGUAGAAAGCUGUGCUAUUUCCUUUCUAAGCAUUUACAAUGCUAGGGCUGUAUAUGUUAUGAAAGUCUGCAUUGGAAAUGGAGAAAUAGAAUUACAUGCUCUCCAAGAAGAUAAGUAAAUAAAAAUUAUCUCAUAUGAACAUGACAUAAAAAUUUCACCAAGCUCCAUAUGAAUUUGCAGUCAUAUAAAUGGGCAACAAGGUCAAUGAAAUACUUUGGAUACAAAUAAGAAAGCAGGCGCUCAGGAUCCCAAAGGAAGUGGUCAUAAAGGUCAUAAAGUAGGCCAUAAAGUCAUAAAGUAGCAAAGUGCAGCAACUUUAUUUGAUGUACAGCAAUAGAACAAUGACGCGUUUCAGGGUGAAACUACCCCUUCAUCAGAUUGACUGUAGUACAUACACAGCAUAAAACAUGUGGGGUUUAAAUAGGCAUGAUAAUUGUCAAACAAGAUGGUGCAAAGGUGAGAGGUCAUCAUCCACAUAGCGAAAUGAUUGUACUAAAAAACACUUAUAAAAAUCAUUUAUAGGGAAUAGGGAGGGAAAUACAAUGUACAUUGUAUACAAGAACACUGAAUGAGCAGUGAAAUACUUUGAGCAAUGAAAUACUUUGAGCACUUUGGGUAUCCUAUUACACUGUGUUGUGUCUAGUGUAGGGCCAAGUGUCUAGACAGAGAUACCCUCAUUGUUAUUAACACCUCUCCCAUGUACUGCCUCCCUGGAGUGUUCCCUUAAUAUGGACAACUUUUGAAAACUGUAAUAGUUUGAUUUGGCUUAGCUGGCUGGUUGUGUUAUCAAUAAAAGCCAUGACACUAGUGUGAACAGAGCCUUUGCUACAUUCCUAUAAAUUUUAGGGCAGCCCAGAAAAUGUCUCUACCCUGUGUAUCUGAUGAAUCGACAUUAAGCCUAAGAAAUGUUCUACAUGAAUUUAUAAUGCCCAUGUACACAAUCUAAUGGAAGACCUAAUAGUACACAUUACUUCGAUUUUUGUGUUGUUUAGAGAAAAUACAUGAAAGUUUGUUAUAAAAUGUAUAUUUGUUGUUAGGUAGAAUCUUGCCUCUAGGGGGCACUGUGUGUUGUAAUGAUUUUCCAAACAGGAAAGAAAGCUUCAUUUAGUAGAAUAAAAACAGAAUGGAGCUAAAAUGUUCUGUACUUUUAAUAUAUUGGCCCUCAUUUACUAAGAGUGUUGUGUAGGUUUCUUUGUGGGUUUUAAUUCCCUACAAUUUAUUUUCCACAGUAUUUACUAAGGUUUCCCUACAUUUUCCACUUUCCGUACACUUUGCUUUUUUUUACACAUGCUCUGAUCUGUCUGGUUUUCCUCAGCUCAAAUCCACCACAUUUUAUGUGGAAACCUUUGUAAAUAUGUUGGGUUUUGGUGAAAAUGUCGGGAACACGCCCCUUUUCAUAGACCACGCCCCUUUCCCAGCAGCCACGCCCCUUUUUCAGGUUUUCUAACCAAAAUGGAGAGUUAGACAGAAUUUCUGGCGCAAUGAGACAGAAUCUGGCGCACAACCCGACAAAACAUGUCGGGUUUGCAAUAGUAAAUGAGGGCCAUUAUGUUUUAACUUUGUAUUAUGGCACAAUCACCACAUUUUUAUUAAUAGGAAAGAAUGUGAAGAAGGUAUUACCUAGACUUAUGUACAAAGCAAUAUAAAAUGCUGUUGCCUAAGGUUCUACGUACCAUGAAAGCCAUACAGCCAUACAUUUACCAAAUGGGUGGUGAGAAACUAAGGUGAGUUAGAAAAG